CGGCCCCUGGGAGCCCAGCUGUUCCCUCAGCGGAUUCUCAGGGACUGGUUCAUCACCUCCGAAUACUCCUGUGACAGGAGGCACUGGCAAAGCCCGCCCCCAGCCCCAAGCAGCAAUAAAUAGAAGGCUCUCAGCCCAGGAGAAGCAAGGAGAAGUUUCUAGGCCCGCGUCCCUGGGUUUAUUAAGCUCCUGACGCUCCUCCAUGAGACAUCUCAGCGGCUCUGGCUGAGAGUCUGGACAGCCUGGGAGGACAGUGACUGGCUGAUCUGCGGUGAGGCAGUGCGGAGAGGGGCCCUCUGGAAUUCCGCUGGGCCGGCUGGUGGUCGCCUUUGGAGUGUCUUUGGGGGCUGGGACCCCAGCCAGGUACCCCCUCUGUCCUUGGCAGUGGAUGGUUCAGCGUUUUCUGAAGCUGAAGAAUAAGCUCCGAGGGCCAGCCCCCCCCCCCCACAUCACCUUGCUGUGUGACCUUGGGCAGGUGGCUCCCUCUCUCUGAGCCUCCUUUGCCCCUCCAGCUCAGCAGCCAUGGCUGAUGGUCAGAUGCCCUUCUCCUGCCACUACCCAAGCCGCCUGCGCCGGGACCCCUUCCGGGACUCGUCCCUCCCCUCACGCCUGCUGGAUGAUGACUUUGGCAUGGACCCGUUCCCCGACGACCUGACGGCCUCAUGGCGCAACUGGGCCCUGCCUCGAUUCUCCCCGGGGUGGCCUGGCACCCUGAGGUCAGGCAUGGUGCCUCGGGGGCCGACAGCUGCAGCCAGGUUUGGGGUACCUGGGGAGGGCAUGAGUCCCCCACCCUUCCCCGGGGAGCCCUGGAAAGUGUGCGUCAACGUGCACAGCUUUAAGCCAGAGGAGCUGCUGGUGAAGACAAAGGACGGAUACGUGGAGGUGUCUGGCAAACAUGAAGAGAAGCAGCAAGAAGGUGGCAUCGUUUCCAAGAACUUCACAAAGAAAAUCCAGCUUCCCGCAGAGGUGGAUCCUGUGACAGUCUUUGCCUCGCUUUCCCCAGAGGGUCUGCUGAUCAUCGAAGCUCCCCAGGUCCCCCCUUACUCACCAUUUGGAGAGAGCAAUUUCAGCAAUGAGCUUCCCCAAGACAGCCAGGAAGUCACCUGUUCCUGAGACUCCAGUCUUGGCCCAUCUUUUCCCCUCCCCAACCCCAGGGCUUCUCUGAUUCCUGAGUACACGACUUUAGCUGAAUUCAUAGAUUUAAUGUGACUAAAAUGUUGGGGGGGGCGGGGUGGCCUGACCACCGACUCCCUGGAUAGGGUAGUAUGCACAACAGAUAGGAGGGGACAUGACAUUUCACACUGUAUCUUCCCUUGCAGCGAAUGCAAGGGUUGCCUCUCUCUGGAGACCUCCCGGUCACCCAGAUUCCUGGUCUGGGUUCCCACUUUCCAUGCCUGCCCCAUGGUUUGGUGGGUGGAGCCCGUUAGCUCACGCUACUGUGUUUCCGCAGCGCUGGCCUGCAAAGAGGGGUAGCUAGCUCUUACCCCCAUAUGGGAUUUAUCCAACAGCCACGUGAAAACAGUGCCUUCUGCUCUUCACCCAAGCGUUUAUAUAGCAUGUUGCCAAGUCUGCACUCCCUGAGGACCCUGGAAGCCCAUUCAUUCUCUGCCUAAAGUACCCCCCCCCCUUCUUGUGCCUCCUAUGUCCAAUUUGGGAUUUUUACAGAGGGGGCUGUCUCCAAACAGCUCCACCAGGAACCAAGCAAAGGCCAGACAGACUGGUAGGUAGGCUAGUGGUGUUAUGUAUAUGAGUGGGACUUGUGUGUCAUUGUUAUUUGAAUUGUGCUGUUGUUUGGGGGGAAAUAACGGUAAAUAAUAAUAAUAAAAGAGCUGAUGUUCUUA